AUGUUAAAUCAUAUGUACUUUUAAUUAACAUAAUUUAGUUUUGAAAUAGAAGUUUAAUUAGAAUAAAAUGAUAAUUGGGAAAUGCAAAUGAAAGAAAUGAAAGAAUUAUGGAAUGCUUUUGAAAGCAAACUUAAACUAUAAUAAAAACCAAAUUUUCUUUAGAUUGUAAAAAAUAGAAAUGAAUAAUGUAUAUAAGAGAUGGUAUUAAAUAAUUAAAAUUAUAUUAGAUGGUAAGUCUUUUAUAAGCAAUAAUAAAUUCUCCAUAUUCAAGUGAAUUGGUUACUCCAAUGAUGCAAUUAGAUUAAGAAACAUAAAUGGUUCUAUUAAAAUUAAUUUAAGAAGAAUAAUCUUCAUUGACAUUAGAUCAUGAUUAAAAGAUAUCAGAUGAAGUUUUGCAUAAAUUUGAAGAAUUAGAGUAUGAAAAUUAGAAAUUGAAUUAAGAAUUAAUACUUUUAAAAGAAUAGUAUGAAAUGGAGAAAACAAAGAUGAAAGAAGAUUUUGAAAUGGUUUAAAUAGAAAUAGAAAUAAGAUAAAAAACAAUAAAUUCUUUGAAUGAAGAUUUAAAUCAAAUUUAUGAAGUUACAUAAACUAAUUCAGUUAGUGAAGUUUGUGAGUAUAUUCAUAAUAGAAUUGAUGAUAUAAAAGGAAUGUAAUUAAUUAUAGAAACCUUAAAAAAUGAUUAAUAAUAAGAAAAGAAUGUACAUGAAGAGAUAGUUGGAGAUUUGAGGAAUAAAUUGGAGGCAGGAUAUAGAAAAUAUACAUAAAUGUAAAAAUUAGAAAAAUAUUGUGAAUAACUUAAAGCUUAAUUAUCUGAAUCUCUUUAAUAAUAAACUAAAAAUAAAGAAAAUUUGAAGUAAAAUUCAAAAUUGAAAGAAGAGAAUAUUGAAUUAAUUAACAAAGUUGCUUAGUUAUAAUAAAAAUUAGAUUAACAAAAAUAAUUAUAAAAAUAAAGUUAAAAAAUCUAAAGUUAAUAAGAAUUUGAUAUAUCAAAAGCAAGAUCAGAGAAUGAAUCUUUGAGUAGACAAUUAAAAUUAAGAGAAUAAGAAAUAUUUAAAUUAAAAUAAGAAAUAAUAGAUCUAGAACACAAUAUUCACAAUAAAACAGAAUAAUCCUAAUUAGAAAAUAGUUCAGUUAUGUUACAUUCACUUAAUGAUGGAGAAGAAAGAAGAAAUUUUAGUGGAAUUUUCACUCCAAAAAGAAAUCUUGGAUUAGAAUUAUCUUAAUUAAUCACAAAAUCUAAUUAUUUAAUUGAAGGAGAUUAAAAACUCAAAUUAGAUGUUCAUACAUAAACUGAUGAAAAUUAUGAAUGUUCUACUUUAAUAAAAAAAUAAGAUUCUAGUUUUGAUGAAGAAAUAUUAUCAUCUUAAUUAUCUUUCUGGAAAACUUAAUGUUCUGAUUUAUUAGCAGAAAGAGUAUUAUAUGAAGAGAAAUAAAACUAAUUACAUAAAGAAAUGAAGGAAUUAUAAAUUAAAUUAGAAUAGUUCUUUAUUGAAUAGCAUAAAUAUGAAUAAGAAUUAUAGGAAGCAAAAGAUAAAGUGCUGAAUUUAAUUGAAGUAAUUUGUAAAUAUAUUUAUAUUAGGAUAAUAAUGUAAUUAGAAGCUAAUUUGAGUAAUCUUUACAAAAAAUUGCUUUGUAAGAUAAGUAAUUAGUGGAAUUUCCAUAGAUAAAAGAGUAAUUAGAAGGAGCCUUAUAAAAAUUAGAAAAAACUGAGGAAUAACUUAAAAUUAAAAAGAAAAAGAAGGUGCCAAUAAAUCAAUCUUCACUUAUGAAUAAAUAAUUAGAAAUCACUAAGAAGACUUAUGAAGAAUUGCUAUAAAUUAAAUAGGAAGAACUAUAGUUGUUGGCUGCAUCGAUCUAAGAUAUAAUCAUUAAUUAUAAUGUUUCCUAAAUCUUGUGAUGAAUUAUAUCAAUGUCGUCUAUUCAAAAAAUUGUUCCUUGGUUCAUCUACUCGUUAUUUCUAUGUCUUUCCUGACAGAGUGGUUGCUAAUAAAGUAGAAAUAAGUAUUAUUUCUAUUCAUAGGAUUCCAAUAGAAAAAGAACAGAUAGGAUAUUUUCUAACACUAAUACAAAUAGAUUGAUAUGGAAAUACACAAAUGAGUAGCCUUUAAAAUUAAAGGGAUUGAUUUUUGAUUGUGGGGAUUUAUAAUUUGAAUAUUUUGGAGAAGAUCAAACACUUCGUGAAUUAAAAAAAAAUGUUUCUAAACUUUUUUUUUAAGCUAAAGUUUAAGAGGAAUAUAUGGCUUAAUAAGUGAUUGGAUAAGGAAAUUAUGCUUUAGUAUUUAAAAGUUAAUUUUUAUAUUAGGUUCUUGAAUUACAGCAUUUACAUUCAGAUCAAAGAUUUGCAUCCAAGUGUAUUGAUAAAAAGAAAGUACAGGCAAUUGAAUAAGGAGAAGUAAUCUAAAUGUUUUAUAUUAAGUAAUCAGUCUAAAAUGAGAUAAAAAUUAUGAGAAUAUUAAGUCCACAUAAAUCACUCAUAAAUCUAAUUGAAGUUUAUGAAGGAGACAAUAAUAUAUACUUGAUAAUGGAUUUAGCUUAAGGUGGAAGUUUGUAUAAGGAGAUGAAAAAUAAGAUUAGUCUCUAUAAGAGAGAAGAAGUUCAGAAUGUAUUUAUUUUAUAAUUAUAAAAAGAUUAUGUAUUAGAUUUUAUCAGGAUUACAAUAUAUACAUUCGAAAAGAAUUAUGCAUAGAGAUUUAAAACCAGAAAAUAUUUUAUUUAGAGAAAAAGGCAAUUUGAAUACUUUGACCAUUGCAGAUUUUGGUCUAUCAGUAGAAAUUGAUGCUUAUCCAUACUUAUAUCCUAAAUGUGGUACUCCAGGAUUUGUGGCUCCUGAAGUUGCAAACAUGAUUGAUAAAACCUAACCUUAUACAUCUGCUUGUGAUAUUUUUUCAGCAGGAGUCAUAUUUCACAUUUUACUCUUUGGAGAAGGAUUAUUUAUAGGAAAUUGUCAUUAAGAGAUUUUAAGAAUGAAUAAAGAAUUUUAGGUAGACUUUUCAAAACCAAAAUAUCAACAAUUAGACUUUGAUGCAAAAGAUCUAUUGUAAAAAUAUUGAACAAAUAAUCUAGAUUCAAAAUGACAGCCCCUAAUUUCUAGUAACGUUAUACAUCUGAAUAAUGUCUAUAGCAUCCUUUCUUUUAAAAUAAUGGAUUAUAACAAUCAUAAUAAUAAAUAACUUAAUUCAAUACUUCCUAAAUUGAAGAAAGUCUCAAUAAAGAUUCUUUUAACCAAUAUCUUUAAAAUUAUAAUAGUCCUAAUUAAAAAUUAAUAAGUCAAGAUAGUAAGAAACUAUCUAUAGUUACUCGAACUCCUCUUUAUGGUCCUAAAGUUGUAACUCCUUAAGUACAAAAUCAAAAUGAUAUUUUGGAAGAACUCAGUCCCUUAAGCCAUUUUUCUUUGGAUUAAGAGCAAUAAAGUGGAUAAGAGAAUGAUAACCACUAAAUUGCUAAUACUAAAUGA